AGAAAAAAAGAAAAAAAGAAAAAGAAAGAAACAAAAGAAAACAUCGCCAACUUGGCAUCUUCAACUUCAUCCUCAGCUCAGCUUCCAGCUUCCAGCUUCUACUCCGUCGUACUUGUUCCACCUCAAUUCAUUUCUUAAUUUUACAUUCCACACCUCCUUUAAUUCUAUUCUAUUGCAGGAGAGGUGUUUUCAUUUUUUUUUUUUCUCUCCCCUUCGACUAUUAAAUAUUUAGACUUCCCUUCCUGAAUGCUGUUGACACCUCGCCCCUCGCUCCCCUUUGUGCAUCCCGUGAAAUAUGUCCGCAACAACAGCACCACCACAACUUAACGAGUAACAGACGGCCUCAGUGGGAUAAAAUUAUUAUUAUAUUUACUUUUCCUUAUAUUGUAUUCUAUUUCUUUGGACGCAUAGCGUCCUAUCCGUUAGAUCCCUCCCAUGGCCAUACCACGCUCCCUCCGAAGAACGAAUCCUCUCACUCUCAUUCUAGCUGGUCUACUCUCCGUCGGGUUCCUCUUCUUCAUCUUCUCUCCUUCGUCGAAUUCUGCGUCUGGUUCGACUUCUCAAGGACGGAAAAGCUAUGCGGCCGCGAACAGCCUCUCUCCUCCUACCAAACCCUUCCUCAGAGAUCCCUCGACCAAACCGAAUGGUCACCGUGCGCCGCCCCAGGUCGUCCGAUAUAAUAUGAACAAAAAUACUGCGACAACCGAGUCGGUCAAAAAUCAUGAGCGUGUCCUCAUCCUUACGCCUCUCGCUCGAUUCUACCCUGAAUACUGGGACAAUUUGGAGAAACUUACAUUCCCACAUGACUACAUCUCCCUGGGAUUUAUUAUCCCAAAAACACCGGAGGGAAACGCUGCGGUAUCAGCAUUGCAGGCUGCUAUUAAACGGACCCAAUCAGGCCCUGUCGUUAAUAGAUUUGCUAGCAUUACGAUCCUCCGACAAGAUUUUGAUCCCCCGAUUGUUUCCCAGGAUGAAAAGGAACGACACAAAUUUGAAAAUCAAAAGAAACGACGGGAAGCUAUGAGUCGGGCACGGAACAGUCUUCUCUUUACAACUCUGGGGCCGUCGAUAUCCUGGGUCCUCUGGCUCGAUGCUGAUAUUGUUGAGACCCCUCCAACCCUGAUUCAAGACCUGACAAGACACAACAAACCAAUCAUCGUACCCAAUUGCUAUCAGCGAUUCCAAAACCCCGAAACAAACCAGAUGGACAUACGGCCAUAUGAUUACAAUUCAUGGGUAGACACUGCUCGGUCGCUGGAAAUCGCGAAGGCCAUGGGCCCAGAUGAAAUUAUGCUGGAGGGAUAUGCAGAACUGCCAACCUAUAGAAGGUUGAUGGCGCACCUGGCCGACAAAUCCCCAAACCGAAAUGUCGAUGAGAUAAUGCCACUUGACGGAGUCGGGGGAACAGCGUUGAUGGUGAAGGCAGACGUUCAUCGCGAUGGUGCAAUGUUCCCGGCAUUCCCAUUCUACAACCUGGUAGAAACGGAAGGUUUUGCAAAGAUGGCGCGAAGGCUUGGGUGGACGUGCUUUGGAUUGCCUAAUUAUUUUGUAUAUCAUUAUAAUGAGUGAACUGAUUUCCAUCCACCAUUUUCAUCAUUAAUUUUGCACUUACGCAUAAACUGGUUUUUAGUCAAUAUCUUUCCGCCCGCUCCUUAUUUCAUCGUUCAUCCCCUUCUCUUGCUCUUGAUUGAUCCGGUCCGAAAUUUCCCUGUUUCCCUUUUUUUCCCAUUUACAUCCUUCUGGGUCCUGGAGUAUCUAGUUCUUUAUUUUGCAAUACCUCUUUUGUUUCAUUUUUGUGAUCUGCUUAGUUAUGUACAGUGAAGCGGUUCCCUCCAUGUUAGGUCUCCAUGGAUAGCUCAAUGUAAACUUUGUCGCAAGCUACAAUACCUGAUAGCAAGAGACUUUCUACUACUCCGCAUCGUUUACCUACGUAAAUUUUUACGCUAAAAGAGGCGAGUAUCUCUUGGGCCUAUUUUCGUGCUAUCGAUGCAUUCCUUGUCGUAUUACAAAUUUAGAUUUAAGAUAUUUUCUAGUCAUUUGCCUGUAUAUUGGAAAUCUGACAAGCAUUAUAUACUCUAUCGUCCUGUGUAUAACUGUAGUAGACCAGCUUAUGUUGGUCAUGUCGAGCAUUAGACUUAAACAAAAGGGUUGCGAAGGGCUGCGAGGAAGCAUGCUACUGACUACUGACUCUCUUUCGAGUAUUAGCCACGUCGUCGAUGCUCUUAUUUUUCCCUUUUUCGGUAAUAUUGAGUCCAAAGGGUA